ACGGCCACGCCCCGCCCCCGCCGCGCCGGGCCCGGAACCAGCCUUAAAGGGGCCGCGCGGCGCCUGGGACCGCUGGAGGCUGCGGUGGGGCCAACGCCGUGGGCCCCGUUCUCCGGAUCCAGGGGGAUGCCAGGGCCUGGCCACCCCGGCCACAAGUGGAGCCGACCCGCCAAGGAGGAGGAGGAGGAGGAGGAGGAGGAGGAAGACCCCGUGGACGCGAUGGUGGCGCGGACGGGCUGCGCGGCCCAGCACCACGCGGUGCAGGCGUGCAUGGCCGCGGAGCAGGACUGGCGCCGGUGCCAGGCGCAGGUGCAGGCCUUCCGCGAGUGCAUGGCCGAGCGGCAGCGGCAGCGCGCCGAGGAGCUGCGCCGCGCGCGGGGCUCGGGCCGCGCCGACGGCUAGCGCCGGCGCCCGCCGCCCUCCUCCGAGCGGCACCGGGCGCCGUACGCGUCCCAGAGAUCGCGGAGCCUCGCGGUGAAGAGAGGUUUCUCGUCUAAUAAUUUUUUUUUUUUUUAAUAAAAAACCCCGCCGUGCUGGCUGGGGAGGGAGAGGC